CCUCUUUCUUGGUUUCUUAUCAAUGCAGGUACCUGAUUCUUUUGAACUUGAUUCUAAAGAUGACGAAGAAAGUCCACUGUUGGAAACAAUUAGGAGCAAAUGCAUCACUCAACUACUACUGCUAGGUGCUAUCGACAGUAUUCAGAAGAAAUACUGGAGCAAAUUAAAUGCUACCCAGAAGAUUACUGUGAUGGACAUUUUGCUGUCUGUUUUGGAGUUUGCUGCUUCGUUUAACUCAUAUUCAAACCUCAGACUGCGUAUGCAUCAUAUUCCUGCGGAAAGGCCACCUUCAAAUCUUCUUCGCCAAGAAUUUGCUGGAACUUGCAUUUAUUUGGAUGUCUUGCAGAGGACAACUUCAGCUUUUGAUACCGACAGAGUGGAACCUAUGGACAGUAAUAGUUUCUGUGAUAACCGUGUGACUGAAGUCCAUAUUCCAACCUAUCCUGAAAAUUCCAAUGUAGAAGAAGGUGUUGAAGGCAUAGCAGAAGAGAAACUGGUGUCUUUCUGUGGACAGAUUCUGAAGGAAGCAUCUGACCUCCAGUCUGGCACAGGGGAAGCUAAUGUGGAUGUUCAUCGAGUGCUAGAGUUACGUUCUCCAAUUAUUGUUAAGGUUCUUAACGGGAUGUGCAUUAUGAACCGUCAGAUAUUCAGGAAACAUCUGAGGGAGUUCUAUCCCUUGAUCACCAAACUUGUAUGCUGUGACCAGAUGGAUGUUCGUGGAGCUCUUGGUGAUCUCUUCAAAACACAACUUGCUACUCUCUUACCAUAGUAAUGGCUGCACACUUGUUUAGGAGUCUUCUUCCAGUUUGGGGCUUAAGCAGUUCUGACAGCAUGCUGGACAAGGCAGUUCUCCACUGUGAAACUGAAAGAUCUCAUCUCAUUUUUGCUGGUAGGCUGGCAUUGAGACCAAAAAUAAAUGACUGAAUAAAGAAAGAAACCAAGUCCCUUUGACCAGAAGGCAGGAUGUAUCAAUGAUGCUAUCUUUCCAGAGUUCUUUCAUGUUUUUUGGAGGAUCAGAUAGGCUGGUAUAGGUACUAGUUGGUGGUUUGGAGAACCCCUUAUAUAAAGAAUGCUACCAUGAACCCAAUUCUUCAGAUUUUGUAUCCGUGAACCCGAAGAUGAUAAUAUAAUUCUUUAUAGGGAGGGUUUGCUACAAUGCCAGUGUGCACUUUUCCGCAUUAAUGGGGAGGGGGGGAGUUGUGAAUCGUCCAAUAGGGGGCAUUUAAUGAGAGGGUGUGCGGUCCACGGGUGAGAUGUGAGGGUGUGUGCAAGAAUUUUCACUUGUAUUGCUUGCGUCCUUUCCCAUAUUCUUCUAUACUAUUUUUGUAGUUUUUUCAUGUAAAAUCAAUGCAUAUUGAUAUCCUCAA